ACAGGCCGCCAGGCACAGCAUGGCCCGGGACACACACACCCAGAUACACACCUCCCGGGACACACACACACCAGUACACACCGCCCGGGACACACAAACUCAGGUACACACAGCCAGGUACCGCCUGGGACACGCACAGCCAGGGUCACACACAUUCAGGUACAUGCCGCCUGGGACACAUACACUCAGGUACACACCGCCCGGGACACACACACUCAGGUACACACAGCCAGGUACAGGCCACGAGGUACCGCGCAGCCCGGGACACACACACCCAGGAACACACACACACACAUACACAUCACCUGGGACACACACACUCAGGUACACACCCGCCCAGGACACACACAUUCAGGUACACAAAUCCAGGUACCACCUGAGACAGGCACAGCCUGGGACACACAGACCCAGAUACACACUGUCUGGGACACACACACACAGGUACACACAGUCAGGUCCCGCCUGGGACAGGCACAGGCAGGGGGACACACACCCAGGUACACACUGCCCGGGACACACACAUCCAGGUACACAAAGCCAGGUCCUGCCUGGGACAGGCACAGGCAGGGGGACACACACCCAGGUACACACUGCCCGGGAUACACAUAGCCAGGUACACACAGCCAGGUUCCGCCUGGGACAGGCACAGGCGGGGGGGACACACCCAGGUACACACUGCCCGGGACACACACAUCCAGGUACACAAAGCCAGGUCCUGCCUGGGACAGGCACAGGCAGGGGGACACACACCCAGGUACACACUGCCCGGGAUACACAUAGCCAGGUACACACAGCCAGGUUCCGCCUGGGACAGGCACAGGCGGGGGGGACACACCCAGGUACACACUGCCCGGGACACACACAUCCAGGUACACACAGCCAGGUCCCGCCUGGGACAGGCACAGGCAGGGGGACACACACCCAGGUACACACUGCCCAGGAUACACACACCCAGGUACACACAGCCAGGUUCCGCCUGGGACAGGCACAGGCAGGGGGACACACACCCAGGUACCACCCGGGACAUGCAGCCAGGUACCGCCGGGGACAUGCACAGCCAGGGACACACAUACACAGAUACACACUGCCCAGGACACACAGACACAGGUACACACAGCCAGGUACCGCCCGGUACACACAUACCCAUGGACAGGCCGCCAGGGACACACACAGCCAGGGACAUGCCUGUCGCUCCCAGACACGCACAUCCAGGCACACAGCACUCGGGACACACCCAACCAGGGACACGCUGCCCGCUUGGGACACACAGACAGGGACACUCUGCCAGGUACCACCUGGGACACUAACAACCAGGGUGACACCUGCCGCUCCCGGAUAUGCACACCCAGGUACACACCAACCAGGACAUGCAUACCCAGGGACAGCCAGGGACACACACACACAGUGCCAAGCCUGCUGCUCCCAGACAUUCACACCCAGGUACACACCACCUGGGACACACGCACUCAGGGACACACACACCCAGAUACACACCACCUGGGACACGCGCAGCCUGGGCCAUGCAGCCAGUGACAGACAGCACCUGAGACACACAAACUGGGACAUGCACCCAGGGAUCUACACACUGACCGUGACACACACAUAGAUCUCCACAUGCAGAGUGAGACACAACACACACGGAUGCACACACACACUGAUCUCUCCCUCUCUCACACAGAUACACACUCAUGUACACACAACACAGACAUGUUCAAGGUAACAGAUGUACACACCAGGCAAAUACACAGAGAAACACACACUGCAACAACACAUUCCCAGGCCAAGACACACACAGACUAACACCUACACCAGGCAACACACACCAGGUAACACUAUAACACACUAGCACAUCAACACAUGCUAACACAACACCACA